AUGAAUAGAAGAUUUCGUUACAGUUAUACAUGUGUAAUAGGAACAGACUGUACACUGACGUUGUGUACAGAAUACCUGACCUUGGCAGUAGCUGGUAGCUUAUCAGUGGCGUGGCCUAGUGCUGAUAAGAUAAGGAGGGCUGGCACCAUGCAGUCUGGUCAUCUGGCCUGGACUAUCUCUGCUCCAGCUGUCCUCUCUAUGCACUUGUCCACUCCAGAGCCUCUCCACAACAUUCUUAGCCAUUUGCUCCUGGAAUUUAAUCAGCACUGUCUGGAGCCAACUAUUUCGUGGAUGACCUCCAUGGCGUUAUGGCAGGCCGAAGUGACGCCCUGGGAACCGGGCGAAGGAACAUUAUCUCGUGAUCAGUUAUCCAUGAGGAGUGAAUACUGA